GAGUGGAGUCAUCAACCUUGACAAACCAUGCAAUCCAUCCUCACACGAAGUAGUUGCAUGGGUUAAAAGAGCUCUCGGAGUCACUAAAACUGGUCACAGUGGCACACUGGAUCCUAAAGUCUCUGGUUGUCUUAUGGUUUGUAUUGACCGUGCCACUCGCCUGGUCAAGUCUCAACAGAGUGCUGGUAAAGACUAUAUAUGUAUAUUCCGACUACACAAACCUGUGGAUGAUGUGAAGCGUAUACAGAAAGCUGUGGAGAGUCUGACAGGAGCUUUAUUCCAGCGGCCUCCACUUGUCGCGGCGGUCAAGCGUCAGCUUAGAGUUCGUACUAUUUAUGAGUGCAGAUUAUUGGAGUACAACAAGGAAGAAUGUUUAGGACUGGUGAAGGUGAGAUGUGAGGCUGGAACAUACGUUCGAACGCUGUGCGUACAUAUCGGUCUCCUCCUCGGUUGUGGAGGUGUUAUGGAAGAGCUGAGGCGGACACGGAGUGGUUUCAUAUCAGAAUCAGACAAUUUAGUUACAAUGCAUGAUGUUCUAGACGCCAAAUGGCUAUAUGAAAACAGGCGUGAUGAGACUUAUCUACGUCGUGUCAUAAUGCCACUCGAGAAGCUGCUCAUCAAACACAAGCGUAUUAUGCUCAAGGAUACGGCAGUGUGUGCUAUAUGCUUUGGCGCAAAACUAAUGUUGCCUGGCGUACUACGUUAUGACAACGACAUUAAUAUAAAUGACGAAAUAGUCUUGAUGACCACCAAAGGCGAGGCUGUAGCCCUUGCUAUCGCUCUGAUGACUACUGCUACCAUUGCAACGUGUGACCAUGGAUUGGUUGCUAAAUUGAAAAGAGUUAUAAUGGAACGUGAUCUAUACCCUCGACAAUGGGGUCGUGGUCCUGUGGCUAUGGAGCGAAAGAAACUUGUUGCUCAAGGAUUGUUGAGAAAGUUUGCAAAACCUGGUGAAGUCAUGAGUACUCCAAACUCCGUUGG